AUGUCUACCGAAAGCGCAAUGGAAGCAGAGGAAUUAGAGCCUGCUGAUUCAGCAUCCGUCACAAAAGUGGAAUCGAUUGGAAACCAAGAGAAUGAUGAUGAUGAUAUGUACCUUACCAAGGAAAUCCUUAUACAUUUGAAACUGUUAUAUAAUUUUCGUAUCAACAACUACGGCUCAAUUCCAUUUGAGAUGAGAGACCUUGUACCGACAAAACACAAUCUAGAUCAACUUUUCUAUGGAUUAACCAAUCUGAAAAAUCCCAAUUUGGACGACAUUAUAUUUCUUGCAUUAUGUUUUACUAGAAUAGCUCAUAUAAGUAGAGGAUUAGAUAAAUCGCUGCAACAAGCCAUUAUAAAUGAAUUGCAUAUUAAACGAAGCAUAACAUUAUUAAAGGGCAAAGAACUGGAUAGAAAAACCAUUCUUAUAACAAUGGCUAAUUUUUUGGAAUUGAGUACUAUUUAUAAGGCCCUAAGAAUGCCCAAAAAAUAUCAACAAUAUGCAAAUAAGAUUUUGGAGGCAUAUUUCAUAUAUACAAAAGGCGAAGAUGAGUUUCCUGCUCCCAUCAAUAUUCUAGUUUCUGUGGGCAUUUUCGAUGAGAUAAAUACGUUUUAUAUGGUUUGA